AUGUCCAACAGGAUGCCAGAUAUUCUGUCCUCGCUUCCUCCCUCGCCGGCAUGGGCCCCCUUUUGGCGCACGCUGUUCCACGCAGCCCCACCAGCGUUCAGUGUCUGGUUCUGCGUCCGGAUGGCCGGGCUUAGCUUCAACAUAGUCAUCGCACUGAUGGCGUAUGUAUCGAUUGGGGUUCUUGAGAUAGUUGAUAUAGUGUGGGAUGGCUACGAAGAUGGAUGGACAGAACUCCUGGUGACGGGAUGCCUGGGGCAGACGAUCGUUGUGUCCAUCUACACGGCGGCCAUCUUCUAUGUUCUUUCUUUCAGGCCUAGGCAGUCAGAUCACGAGGUAGAAGCUGGUGCAACUGAGAAGGACUCGGAGUGA